AUGACUUCUAUGGAUGAUUCAAAGCGUUCUUUAGUAGUUAUGGCUGAUUCAAGAGUUCGCAAGAAUGCAACAGAACCAAUCAAUACAUACUCAUUCAUUCGUGGAAGUUAUGAUUCAACAUUAACCAGAACAGUGAAUGAUAUAAAUGAUUUGAAUAUUAAGGUAAGAGUUGAACAGAAGAAUGAAGAAAUAAAGAGUAUAAUGAAUGAAAACAAAGAUGUAAACAUUGACGAUAAACUUGCCCAGAGCAUAGUUGAUGGCAUCUGUGAUUUUGAAGUACAUAAUGACGGUGGAAACAUGAAUUUAGAAAAAGAAAUAACAUUAUUCACACUGUUUCAAGCAAUUAAUUCGUUACCUAAUCAUUUGAUUAAUGAAGCAUACGAUAACGUUUAUAACUUCUGCAAUUUAACUGAAAAUGCAAAAAGUAAUUUUGAAAAAGCACGUAGUAGAUAUGCACAUUUAAUGACUUCUCCAUUUGUUUUAGUGAAGAUUCUAAAACUUUAUCAAAAGGAAUAUUAUGAUGAAUAUGUUUUACCUUUAUUACGUAAGCCAAAAAUAACAUUUGAUAUCAAACUUGAUGACUCGUUUUUGAUAACAGAUAUUAGACGCAAGGCUGAAAAUCAUCAGUAUAAAAACAGUUCUGAAGUAAUUGAGGAUUUAUCAUGUGUAAUUCGUUUUGUAGAUUGUGGAAACAAAUACUUCAUUCAGAAAGAUUACAACAUACACGACAAAAUGAAUCAAAUAUCAUUUGUUCUUCAGUCAAACAUGAAAGAGUCACUCAAAAUGAUUAAAUUAUUUAAAGAAGAAGGUAAAACAAUAACAGCAUGGGACGUACUAUUAAAUCAAUUAUCCUCAUUAACCGUUAAGGGU